GCGGGGCAGGAUGGUCUCGGUUGCCCGGGGCUAGGCUGGGAACGGGAGCCGCGUCGCCACGCUCGCACCUUCCAGGCUGCCUCCGGAGGCUUGGAGCCGGCCCCAUCUGGCGCUCCUCUGCGCCUCCGCCCCGCCCCGCCCCUCUCGCCCUAUUAUAGCCGCCCUCAGCCCAGAGGGUCCAGGCCCCAUUGUCCCUGUCCCCACCGCGGCCCCAGGCCCCUUGAGUGUCUGCCGUCCCCACGUCCCUUCCCAGACAGGCCCCCUCAACGCCUCUAGCAGCCGCUCUUACCCUCUCUGUUCCGCGGAGGUGGUUGGUUACCAUGGUGAAGCUGGCGGCCAAAUGCAUCCUGGCAGCAUUCCGGAGCUUGGGAUUCUCAAGUCAGAGCAGGACGGAAAUGAUGCCUUUCUUCUACUCCGACCUCACAGGAGACCCGGCAGUGGGCAAGACUGCCCUGGCGCAGAUCUUCCGCAGCGACGGGGCCCAUUUCCAGAAGAACUACACCCUGACGACAGGGGUGGAUUUGGUGGUGAAGACGGUGCCAGUCCCCGACACGGGGGACAGCGUGGAACUCUUCAUUUUUGACUCUGCCGGCAAGGAGCUGUUUUCAGAAAUGCUGGAUAAAUUGUGGGAGAGUCCCAACGUCUUGUGCCUCGUCUAUGACGUGACCAACGAGCAGUCUUUCGCCAACUGUGGCAAGUGGCUGGAGAAGGCCCGGUCCCAGGCCUCAGGCACCUCCCUCCCAGGUGUGCUAGUGGGGAACAAGACAGACCUGGCCGGCAGACGGGUGGUGGACUCGGCGCAGGCCCGAGCGUGGGCCCUGGGCCAAGGCCUGGAAUGUUUUGAAACCUCCGUGGGCCAGAGCCGCGCGUGCGCUGUAGUAAAGCAGACCGGUCGGCCCUGGAAAUCAGUUAUAUCUCAAUUAAUAAGAAACCCAAGUGCAUUGGGUUCGAUCGCAGCGACCCUUGGCAUUUGCGUGAGACGGUACAGAUGACAGUGCUGCCCAGACGGUAUUUCAUGGUCCUCGUGGGACCGUGGGCCUGGGAGCUGGUCCCGUUAUCCUCACUCCCGAGCCGAGGAGGUGAAGGGACUUGCCCAAGGUCACGAGACGGGGAAAGCGUUCGGCCGGGGCUACGA